GCGAGGUUUCCAUCCCGCGAUAUCUUAAUUGCUUUCUCUUUUGCAUUAUUACAAAUCAAAUGCGUGCAGUACUCGUAAGACAACCAGGUGACGCCUCUCAGUUAUACAUUGGCGAAUGUCCUACCCCUACACCCAAAGACACGCAAAUUCUUGUCAAGGUCAAAUGCUUUUGCUUGAAUCGCAUGGACAUCAACCAACGUCAAGGCGCUUACCCACCACCUCCGGGUGCAAGCGAGAUUCUCGGUGUCGAAGUUUCUGGCAUUGUCGAAUCGGUUGGCCAAAGCGUUACCAAAUUCCAGCCAGGAGACGCUGUUUUCGGUCUCAUGGGUGGUGGUGGCUAUGCUGAGUACGCGGUGAUGGAACAAGAGCUUGCUAUGCCGAAGCCGGAUGCAUUGAGCUUUCAACAAGCUGCGGCAAUUCCUGAAACUUGGUUCACGGCCUACCAAGCGCUCUUUUUCGUGCUUGGAUUGAAAGCCGGAGAGGACAUUUUGAUCCAUGCUGGUGCUUCAGGCGUUGGUAUUGCUGCCAUUCAGUUGGCCAAACAGGCCGGUGCAAACCGUAUCUUUGUCACGGCUGGAUCGGAUGAAAAGACAAAAUUCUGUGAAAGUCUUGGGGCGACGCGUGGUAUCAAUUACAAGACCGAGGACUGGGCAGCCGUGAUUGCGCAAGAAACAGCAAACAAAGGAGUCAAUGCUACUGUCGACUUUGUUGGCAAGGACUAUUUUGACAAAAACAUUGCUACGCUUGCUAUUGAUGGUCGUAUGGUCCUUUUGGCUUUCCUUUCGGGUGCCGUGCUGGAUGGCGUCAAUAUCGCUCCUUUGCUCAAAAAGCGUCUUAGAGUUGAAGGAUCAGCAUUGCGCAGCCGCUCACUCGAAUACCAGACCCGCCUCCGCGAUGCUAUCUACAAGCACGUAGUCGAAGAGCACUUUGCAAAGCCCAGUGAAUCCUACAAAUUGUUCAUUGACAAAGAAUUCGAUUGGAAAGAUAUUGCCGAGGCCCACCGCACCAUGGAAAGCAACCAGACAAUGGGUAAACUCGUCGUCAAAGUCACGUAAAUAGCCAACGAAUUAAACAUAACAUGAAUCCAUUCUAUGUC